AUGCACGAUCUUCCCACGCCAGCACCGUCGUCGGAUCCUCCGAUGCCUGGAUCUUCGCCCAUCAAGACGCUCAAGGCAGACAAAACGCUUGCAUCCAAGGCCCGACCCUUCGCGCCGCUCGACCUUAACGUAGUGGGGUCUAGAGCCAAGGCGUUCCAAGACGCGAGAGAAAAGGCUGGCGCCACGCCUCCUCCUUCGUCACCUCCAGCCUCGUCGGUCUUCUUCUCGUCGCCAGUCGCCCCAACGCGUGAGCAAGCACUCGGCUUCUCGCCUGUCAAGCAGCAGCGUCCCUUCCCAGCCUCGAUCACGCCCGCACGCAGCAUCGUUCUUGAGCAAAGCCCGGCCAAUGUCGAUCGUGCUGUGACCGUCACUGACGCACAGACUCUAGGACUUGUCAAGAAUCCGGAGCUCGAGUCGGACGGUGAUGCAGUGCCCAAUUUGCUCUUUGGCAGCAAGAACGUCAGCCUGAUCAUCGGUCGAUCCAAGCCCUCGGGCCAGCCUCAUGCCUCUAGUGCUUCCAAUGCGGCCGAUAUCCCUGCCUCGAUGCAGGGACUGGGAUCUAAGAAGAUUCUACGCGUCAAUCUGCCAAACGAGGCACGACAUGUAUCGCGCAUUCACGCCAUCGUUGAGUGGAUUCCCUUCGUCACGCGUCCCGUCCCGAAGAAUACUGCCAAGCUAUCGAGCUUUACUGCCAAGGGUUCUCCGGUAGCUGCCAAGCUCUCAAGUCAGACCCAUUCGGAGUUGAUCACGCCUCACGGAACGUUCAUCGUCCGCAUCGUUGGUCAAAAUGGCCUCAUCGUCGACGGCAAGCGCCGCCGUGAAGGGCAAGUGUUGCGUCUGACGUCGGGCAAGAGCCUGAUCGACUUCUUCGGCGUCAAGUGCCUCUUCAAGCAUGUGCCAUCGAGCGGCGAGCCCCAGCCGUCACCGGUCAAAUCUAUGCAGGCACGCGUGCAAGAGUGGUCGCAAAGGAUCACGUCGCCCGUGAAGAAAGCGACACCUUCUUCAGUGGACAGAUCUCGGGUUGAGUCGAAUAUGGCCACCAGCUCUCCUCCUGCUAGCUCGCCGCCUCCUAUGCUUGCGCUGAUGUCGCCGAGCAAGCGUGCGGCUCAGUCGAAAGGUUCGGUCCAGGUAGAGGAUGAUGAAGAGGCCGAGGACGAUAUCACCAGCUCUCCCACGCCGGUGAACCGCCGCGGCGGAGGCCUAGUAGCUGGCCCACUGAAUCACCAACAGGUGCGAGCGGGCGACAGUGAUCAGGAAGCAGGUGCGAAAGUCCUAGAUGCGAUCGAGGAUGACGACGACGACGACGACGAGAGCGAUGACGACGACUAUGUCCCUGCCGAGCGCGAUUCCGCCAGACAGUCGAUCUUGGUGACUCGCAAGCCAACUACAGAUCUUGCUGCUGAUGAUGAGGAUGACAGCAGCUCGCUCUCCGAUCUCGAUUCUGGCGUGGUAGACCAGCAAAUCGGCGACUCUGCCCUCGCUACUCAGCCAACGCCGGUAUCGGCUGCGCAACGCACUGGCACUUCCGAGGCCAACAACGCAGAUUCGUCCAAGCCAGCGGUGGCAGAUGCUCUGACCGAGUCACAGAUCCAAAUGCCCCCGCCUCCUGCUGCUGCCAGUGUCGCCAACGUACGCAGCGCCGCCCGCAGAUCUGCAAGCAACAGUCCGGCUCCAUCUUCUCCCAUGCUCGGCUCGUCGGUGCAAGAGUUGCAAUCCAUCGCCCGCAACUGCGUCCGACAGCUCGCUUCAACCUACGACCUACCCGGCCUCCUCGCUGGAGCCGUCGUCUUCCACCGCACCGCUACGAUCAGUGCCUCGGAGGCAGUGCGCUCGGUACUGUCUACCACGCCUGGCCUGAUGAAAGGCGAAGCUGGCGAGCACUCGGUCGCGUUCAGUCCCUCGAAGCGAAAGCUCCCCGGAGCAGCCACUCUGCAGCACGGAUGCGUGGUCGAUGGCUGGCCCACCGCGAGCGAAUCGAACGAGCGAUGGGCCUCCAUAGCGCGCAAGGCGUGGAGAGAGCAUCUCGAGGUGGUGCUCCAGUCCUCUCCCAUGUUUGGUGUCAUUCAGCGCGCUGGCAAGGACGCCUCUGGCAACCCGCUCGAAUGCUGGUAUUACUACGAUAAGGAGAACGACACGGACAAGGAGCGGGCCGAGAACCUGGGUGUCUUUGCGAAGCCCAUGCGAAAAGCGCUCAAGGGUCAGAAGCCCAUCUUCUGGAAACGCAGCGGCUACGCACGUCAGCAGGAUGACAACCUGGAAGCGAAAGACACUGCGUCGGAUGCUGUUGCUGCAUCAUCUUCUUCGCGCAAGAUGGAUGAUGAAUCGAUGGACAUCGCCAGCGCGCCACUGCCUGCCUCUUCCAUCGGCCGCAAGAGAAAGGCGAAAGCUCAGUCGCAGGCGGAGACGCAGAGUGCCGACGGCGCCGCCAGCCAGGCAGUGAACGAUGACGAGCGACGCCGGGAGAAGCUGCGUGCGAAGAUCGCAAAGAGCGGUUUGUGGGACGAGACGCAGCCCGAAGAGAAGGAGGCUCCCACGUGGGACAGAAAGGGCGACCAGGAUUACAGGAAGGGCCGCAAGUAG